AUGCCUCGAGAGCAGCUGAAACAAACAUCGUAUACCAUCGAUGCCGGACCGCUCGGUUGGCUCGAAGGCCUAACUUUGACCACAGAAACCGGAUCAACUAAAUUACACUAUUUUGGGGGCAUACCCUAUGCUCUUCCGCCUGCUCGAUUUCGCCAGGCGAGCCGUCUCCCAGAACGAUUCAGAUAUGGCACUAAGGCGGCACCUGGAAUAUAUACCAAGAGGGCUGCCGUGUGUCCUCAACCCGGGUGGCUGGGGCCAGCGGACGACACCAACUGGGAUGAGAACUGCUUGCAAGUGAAUAUUUAUAUACCUGCGGGUACUCCUCCGAGAGAAGGAUGGCCGGUCUUCUUUUAUAUUCAUGGUGGUUUCCUACAAUGGGGCAAUCCGAACAUGGAGCCGUCUGCUGUAGCACCACUUCUCAGCGAGACCGCGUUUCAGGCCAUCAUGGUAUCGCCAGCGUAUCGUGUCAACGCACUUGGAUUCCUCGCGAGCAAAGAACUGCAAGCUGAAGCUCGUACACAUGGAGAGCCUAUUGGAAAUCAAGGGCUCUGGGACCAAAGGCUUGCGCUUGAAUGGACUGCACAGAACAUUGGCUUCUUUGGUGGUAACCCCAACAAUAUCACUGUGGGAGGGUACUCUGCCGGCUCUCAUAGUACCUUUCAACAACUUGCGCACGAGCUGUACGCUGUGCCCAAGGACAAGGCUAUCAUCAAGAGAGCCAUUAUGUGGUCGAACUCCCCAGGAGUGCAAGCCAAAGAUCUCUCUGAAACUCAAAAGCAGUUCGAUGAGCUGCUACAUGCUCUGGAUAUUUCAGCAUCUCUCUCUGCAGCCGAGAAGCUGGAACGUCUAAGGGCAGUCCCGAUACAUGAUCUUAUUGCAGUCCAGGAUAAGUUGAAGAUCUCGGAGUUCAGAGCACUCUCAGACGGUGACUUUGUGUCAAAGAACAUCACGGCUCACAUCAACAGCGGAGACUUUGCAAAACGAAUGAAAGCAAGGGGUAUCAAACUAAUGAAUGGAGAGUGUAGAGAUGAACAUCAGCUCUACCAGGCGUGGAGAACUCCAGCGAACUCGUGUCAGGACGUCUACACCAGACUUUGCGGCGACUACCCCGAAAUUGCAGUGAAACGAUUACUAGAUGUCAGCUGCGGCGAUCAACGCAAGUUACCAGCCGGCAGUAAAGACUGGCAAGACGCCUUUGGACGCCUUUAUGCCAACAUGCAAGUCCACUGCCUAGAGCGAGGCUUUCAUCGUGCGUUAGUACAAGGAGGCCUUGAGCCUGGCAAAGACUUGCUGCGAUAUCGUUUCAACUGGCGAACGAAGAGCUGUGAUUCGAAGUUACCUCCUGAUUGGGGAGUCACCCACGCGACUGACAUGUCCAUAUGGUUCUGGGGUCUGGAAGAUGGACUGACUGAUGACGAGAAGAAGAUCUUGGCAACUUGGAACGAGAACUUCGCAGACUUCGUCAAGGGCAAUAAAGUGAAUUGGGGCACGACAAAGGUCACAGACAUGUUGAGACUGCGGGAUGACGGCGAGACAGACAUUUGGACCGACGAUCGCUGGGAAGAAGGUCUCAAGGUGUGGGAUGCCGUCAACGGUCAGGCUGGAGCUGGAUUGUUAGGGUGGGUGAGAUCCAAGCUAUGA